AUGCUCUUCCGCCACGGUCGCACGGACGACGGUCGUGCCACAUCAGCUCUGCCCUGUACGUGGGGGCGACAGGACGGCCCGAUUCCUAACUUGAAGGAGGAAUGGGAGAAGACGGCUCGACUAGUUGCCGAGACCAAGCAUCCGCCCGCCAGCCAAGAGCCAGCUCCCUCGGAUCGCGGAAAGAAGCAGUCCGUCUCUCGCUACGACCCCAAUCACAUUGGGAUAUGUUGUCGGAGCAGCAGGGGCAUCCCCUCCCGGGCGGUUGCUCCGCCCAACAUACCCAGAAGAACGUCGUCGAUCCGCGGGAGCGUCGACUCGGACGAGGCAGACUCGGACGACGGCGGCAUUGCCGACCGCGACGUGCUGCGGGGGCUGCACGUGGCGGCGUCUGCUGCCUGCGACGAGGAGGUGGACGCCUUUGUGCGAGGCCGGACGGGGCUGCGGAUUCGUCGGUUCCUGGCCGACUUGAUGGCGCUCGAGGCGUUUGGCGGGCCGCGGCCGGGCGAAGAUGACGAGCAGCGGACCAAGAGGCGGCAGUCAGAAAUGAGGAAGCUGAAGCAGCAGGUCCGGAGGUCGCGCGAGAUGGGCUUGACGGGCGGCGGGUUCUUUUGA